CCAGGCCCUGGCUACGUGUCGCCUGGCCCGGGGAAGAGCGCCGGGGGCGGUACCUGCUCCCGGACGUGGCGGUCAGGCGGGCUGGCCCAGUGAAUCCGGCUCGCUGUGAGGGGAGGCCGUGGCCGGCGGGAUGGAGCUGGGCGGGGGGGCGCCGGGUCCCGGCAGGCCCGUGCUGGAGCAGGAGGGGAUCCAGGCCCUGCAGCAGUCGGUGGGCUGGCUGCUGGCCAGCUACGGCUGGUACAUCCUCUUCGGCUGCGUCGCUGUCUACCUCGUUGUCCAGAAGUUGGCUGAAAAGAUGAGAGCCCAGAGGAGGAACCGACCCGAUGCAGCCGGGGCACCACUUGAACCUGAUGUAGUGGUGAGACGGCAAGAAGCUCUGGCAGCAGCUCGCUUCAGGAUGCAAGAGGAAUUGAAUGAACAAGCUGAAAAAUACAAAGAAAAGCAAAGACAGCUUGAAGAAGAGAAGAGAAGGCAAAAGAUAGCAAUAUGGGAAAGCAUGCAAGAAGGAAAAAGCUAUAAAGGAAAUCUGAAACUGAACCAGCAAGAAAUAGAAUCCACUGCUUCUGCGUCGUCAACAGUCCCGAAGCCUAAACCUAACAAAAAACCUUUGCGAGGAGGUAGUUAUAAUCCUUUGUCUGGAGAAGGCGGUGGAACCUGUGCUUGGAGACCAGGUCGCAGAGGAGGUCCAUCUUCAAGUGGAUGAGGCUAACCUUACUGGUGUCUAAUGACACUAGCAGGCCUAAUCUGACCCACUAUUCAACUGCCUGCAGCUUGCAUGUCACAGUGACUCUUUUGGGGCUUGGUUUAGUACAGGUGUAGACUUAGAAACAAAUGUACAUGACACACAGAUUUUAACAGACUGAAGAUUAUACAGGGAACAGAAUGUCAAUCAACAGUUGUCUUUCGCUUAUCUAAAGAAGAAGCGUGGUCUAUGGCUAAAGCAUGUGACUUAGUCACGAAGUCUGGCUUCUAUGCCUGGCUGGUCAGGAGACUGCCUGUGUGACCUGAGGCAAGUUCCUUAACGAUCUGUGCCUCAGUUUACCCAUCUGUAAAAUGGGGAUGUUACCUUCCUCAUGGGGGUGGGGGUGCACAAAGGCAUAUGGGUGACAAAGACCUGUGAGAAUAGGGCUUGCCUGUAUGAUAUUUCCAUUCUUGGGGGCACUUCAAAUCUGACUUAAUAUUUUUGCUGGUUUCUAAGUGCUAAACCUUUCAGUGGGUGAUUUAGAGCAUGGCUCCAAGGGCUCAAAUGUCAUGGGUUUAGUACAAAAGGCCAGUUAUUAUAGAUGAGUCUCUGUGACAAGCUGCACUGAAUGAUGUUGUCCUCAUAAAUGGUAAACAAACCAGUGAGGAUCACUGAUACUAGACAGUAGAUGCGGGUUUCUUGCUAUAUCUUUUUUUUUUUAUUUCAACAGUUUUGUAAAACAAAACACUGUAAAUAUUGAAUACCAUUGGAAAUAAAUUGUAAACUUAG